CGCACACACACAAAAAGUGAAACUCUGCUUCAAAUGUGUAAAAAAUAUUGAUUUUAUCGUAGCAUUGUUCUGGACUAUAGUUCUAAAUAUUAGAGAACUAGCAAGCAGUGAACAAAACAUUCACAAAUACAGUGUGUGAUAACAGUUUGAUAAAGUGACACCUCUCAGAGCAAUGUAACGUUCGCUCUAUCGAAAUAUAUUUCGCUGACAUGGGCGCAUGAGGAAGGGAACGAAAGAUCGAAGAGCACAAAUGACAAGAAAAUGUCGAUUCAGAGGCGCAACUUAUCUGAUAACCCCGUUUCCACAGAAUAUUUCAGUGCUUUAGGGGCUGAUGAUGAUCCAUCAAUCGUUACCAGUUUCCCCCUGUUCUCUACCGUCACUUCCAGAAUUGUCAACGUCACCCCGCCAAUCAUCCCUCAGUCAUCAGGUCAAGACAGUCUCUUGGAGAAUCUUAUUAUACCACUAUAUGGUACAAUUUUCUUCCUUUCCAUCGUCGGGAAUUCUUUAGUGCUUAUUACCCUGGCGAGAAACAAACGGAUGCGCACGGUGACAAAUGUUUAUCUGUUGAAUUUGGCUGUAUCGGAUCUUUUGCUCGGUGUAUUCUGUAUGCCCUUCACUCUCCUGGGGCAAAUUCUCAAGAAUUUCGUUUUCGGUCUCACAAUGUGCAAACUAAUACCAUAUUUUCAAGCCGUGUCAGUGUCGGUGGGUGUCUGGACGCUGGUUGCCAUUUCGCUCGAACGCUACUUUGCCAUUUGCCGACCAUUAAAAUCGAGACGAUGGCAAACACAGUUUCACGCUUACAAAAUGAUUGCUGUUGUGUGGACUCUCAGUCUCACAUGGAACGUACCAAUUCUCAUCGUGUCUCAAUUAAUGAGCUUAAGCGGAGGAAGGCGUAAGUGUCGCGAGGAAUGGCCGAGCGUCGGCGCCGAGAGAGCUUACAAUCUCUUCCUAGACGGUACACUACUUCUGAUACCAUUGCUGCUUAUGAGUUUGGCUUACUCACUGAUAGCGAUAAAACUUUGGCGUGGCUUGAAACUCGAGAUCCGACAGUCAUCGACAUGUACCAGAAGACUCGGGAGAAUGGAAUCUAACGCAAGGAUUCGAGGCUCGAGUUACAACAACAAUAAUGAUCGAGAUGCAAGGACCACAAUGGUAUUUGAUGCUUGCGGCCCGACUUCGAGAUUGCGGCGCAACUUCUCGUCUUCCUCGAGGCAUUUUCAAGGCGCUUCUCAAGGUGUACCAUCUAGGAAGAUGCGGUUACCACGGACAGUAGUUUCCAGGGUGCUUACUGGCAAGUGUCACGGUACAGAUUUGUCUCAGGCAUCCCGGAUUCAGAUACGAGCGAACGGAAGUGGCUGCUUAACGCGAGACACGAAGGAUAUCGCUAACGAGGAUCAGCAGGAUUCACCUUGUCCACUCACCAGACAACACGUGAUACGUAGUAAUUACAUGGGGAAGAGCAUCGAGGCGAAGAAGAAGGUGAUCAGGAUGCUCUUCGUAAUAGUCCUCGAGUUCUUCGUGUGCUGGGCACCGUUGCACGUAAUCAAUACGUGGUACCUUUUCUCGCCCGAACUGGUGUACUCGGUUGUCGGUAGCACCGGCAUUAGCCUAGUGCAAUUGUUGGCAUACGUCUCGAGCUGCUGCAAUCCGAUCACGUACUGUUUCAUGAACAGAAAAUUUCGCCAAGCAUUCCUCGGGCUCUUCAACUGCCACCGCUGUUGGAGGGUAGGUUGCAGACACAGCGACAUCGCAAUGGCGGCCACCGGAAAUGCCGGACAAGUUGGCAAUAACAGCGAAUUAAGUGGAAACGACUCAACAGUGUAUCUGGGCAAAGCGUCUCUCGCCGCUAGAUCAGAGGUAGUGCGGUUGCUGGAGGAGGAAGAUCGUGUCUAGUAUAAGUCGUGUAGAUUAUGUGACGUGGCGGUGCGACCGAAUGUAUCUCUGCCCCAACCUCGUGAGGAGGAAGACUUUCUUCUGAAAAUAUCCUGGCCGCCCGUCGACAAGAUCGCUUCUCGCACAAGUGGUAAGAAACCCGCACAUGCCGAACCGUCUCAUUGCUCAUCGAGAUCUUCCUGCGUGGACAAUCUCCACUUCCUUUACGAUUGACUGAAGUGAAACGUUGACGUGAGUUCCAAUGUUCUGUGACGUGAUUCCCAAUGUUCUAUAUACGAAAUCUUUGGCCUAACAGAAACUCAGAUCUCAUUUUUUUAUAGCUUCAGUUAGAUUAUAAAAACCAAUAUCUGUAUUAAGAAAAAAAAUCCGUGUUGUGUCUUUCCAAAUUCGCGUCGAGAAUUAUUUUUAUAUUCAAAUU